AAAGCCAUCGUAUGCUACUCUUGCACAAUGGGUAAAAGAUUCGUGGGAGGAAGUUGACUUCCAGUUGAUAGUAAAGGCAUUUAAGUAUUAUGGUAUUUCGGUCAAAAUGAAUAAAACAGAGAAUGAUCAGGUUUUCGAUUAUAAGUCAUUGAAUGAAAAUCCAACAGAUAAAAAUGAUGAAAAUUUUGAAGUGAUUAAUAGUAGUGAUAUUGAAGGUAAGAAUUAUGAAGAAGUUAAGG